AUGUCUACAGAUACCAGAGCAACAGGUUCAAAUAGCAAUAAAAAGGUGGCAGCCUCUUCUUCUUCCUCUGCUCCUCACGACUCUAUUCGCAAGUAUUUAACUAUUAAACCUUCUGCGUCGUCGCCUACAGACGCUGUAUCAACAAAAAAGGCUUUAUCUUCAACAGAUGAUAACAUCAGGCCCCCAGCCAAGGCCAAUCGCACGCCUGCUAAACCAAUGACUCCAUCGAAAUCAUCUUCAGAAGCAUCUGGACAGACUCGUUUUUUGGAGUUAUUCAACAAGACUCGAAAGAACACAAAAUCUCGCACCAGUACGACUGCUACCACUGCCUCUACCAGUAGCAAGAGCACAACCACCAGCAGCAACAGCACAAGCACAAGCACAAGCACAAGCACAAGCACAAGCACAAGCACGAGCACGAGCACUAAAACAACAGCCAUCAUCAAAGAGAAUCGUCCAUCGCCUGUAAAGAGAUCCUACUCUGCCAUGUCACACCUGGAUUCAGUCAACAAGUCGUGGAUGAACUCGCCCAUCUCCUCCAACAAAAAGACCUGCGACAAUAAAGCUUAUGAUCGUCUCACACCAGGUAUCACAGACAUGCUCUCUGCUCAAGCCAUUAUUAAGUCAUCUCAACAAAUUCUUGAUAACACUGGAUCUGAAAGUUAUCAAGAGCAAAUCGCCCAUGCUAUUGGCAUCGAUACCACCAAGCGUAUUUUAAGCUUCACACAAGAAGCGCCUCUCACGCACAAGAUUGAUAUCAACAAGAACGCACCUCAAGCCAAGCUGUCCACGCACACAUCCUCACACGUGAAACGACACAUCUUGCAGACACCAGAAAAGAUUUUAGACGCUCCUUACAUGGAUGAUGAUUACUAUCUCAAUGUGCUUGAUUGGUCAAAAACCAAUGUCGUGGCUGUGGGUCUCGGUAAAGCCAUUUACCUUUGGAAUGCUGAUAAUGGUACCAUUCAAGCGCUCAAUUACAACUAUGAUGAUCAAGUCGCGUCUGUCAAUUGGUCUGGGGAUGGCUCGUAUUUGGCUGUAGGCACAACAGGCGGUGACACUCAGAUUUGGGAUGUGCAAUCCAACACACGAUUGCGUACAAUGAACGGUCAGAAUUGUCGCAUUGGCGUUUUGUCUUGGGAUAAGCAUCUCGUUUCUUCAGGUGGACGUGACGGUAGCAUCUUUCAUCAUGAUGUACGUAUGGCCAAGCACACUGUGCGUGAACUUUACGGUCAUUCAGAUGAAGUAUGUGGUCUCAAGUGGCGUUGGGAUGGCCAAUCCUUGGCAAGUGGCGGCAAUGAUAAUACAGUCAAUAUCUGGGAUGCUAGAUCGACUGAGCCUGCUCAUGUCAAGAGACAGCACACGGGUGCCAUCAAGGCGCUUGCUUGGUGUCCUUGGAAUCACUCUACACUGGCUACUGGUGGCGGCAGAGAUGACAAGCAGAUUCAUUUCUGGAACUCAUCUACUGGUGCCCGUAUGAAGUCUGUCAAUGCUGGAUCACAAGUGACAUCGCUUCAUUGGUCUCACCAUCACAAAGAAAUCGUAUCUACACAUGGCCUCCCUCAUAAUCAAUUGACUGUGUGGGCGUAUCCAUCCUUGAACAAAGUCAUUGAUAUCCCUGCACAUGAAUCGAGAAUCCUACAUUCUGCCCUAAGCCCUGACGGUCAAGUACUAGCUACUGCUGCUGCUGAUGAAAAUCUAAAGUUCUGGAGAAUCUUUGAACACGACGGAAAGGCUCGUCUUGGCUCAGAGAGCAAUCGCCUAACCAUGAAAAAAGAAGUUCAAUUAAGAAGAACUAACUCUAUUCGAUAA